CACAAAAGGAACAUUAAAGUUAAAAUUGUUUGGGGCAAAAUAUUACUUGCAUGGAUUGAACCAAAACAACUCUUCUAUCAACAAAAUGGUGUCACUCUUUCAAAUUCCUAACUAGUUUUGCUAGUGUUAAUCAAAUAUUACAUAUGGCAAAAAUUUUAAUGAGGAGUUCUUCAUGCUGCCAAUGGAAAGGCAAAUAAGCAACCUUGGACAUCAGACCCAUCAUAUUGAUUGGAUAUCAAGCAUGAGUAGUUUUUCCAAGCAUAUAAUUUAUUUUUUGUCAAUACAAAUGAACUAAGACCACCAUUAAUUAGCAACACUAGCCUGUUUAGAUAUAUCUUUCACUGUUCACUUGGCACUGCUAGUCUACUACUACUACUACCCACACAGGUGCUGCUAAAACAAGAAUCCUAUUCAGACAAACACAACCAGUGAUGCAGAUAGCAAAGCGAAGCAAAGGAGAGGAAGGAGGCACUCAUCUUGCAGAGGAAUUUGAAUUGAUGGACAAGUGUGCAGAGAUCCAGGCAUGGAAACAUAUUGCAUUUACUUCUCAUUAAAAUUCUCACCUACACAUGCCUCCAACCAGGAACUAAAAUUUAUUGCAUUCAAUGCUCCCAUCCGCAUUACCUCUCCUUCUCUGUACGUGUUUCAGCUUGUUUCUUUCCAGCUUACCCCCUGUGAUGUUGCCCACAGCAAAGCUCCAGACCAAAGAGCAGGAUGAGCCACCAAGGGAACUAACUGCUCAUGGGGUAGGUUCCCUUCUCACCAGCUUCUUUCUCCACUGCCUCGUUAUUGCGAGUCUUUUGUGAAGGGGGAGAAGUUAUUUUGCGUGGAGUUGAAUGCAAGGAAAGCUGAGGUUUUGUGCUGGUUGUGGAUGCACCGCACGGCUUCCUUCCAUUUUUUGGCUCAGACCGUUCAUAGAUUCUCAGUGGGUUUCUGGGUAAAAGGCUUCAUCUUGCAAGUUAUCUUCCCAUCACAAGUUCCAGAUUCCAGUGUAAUUCUCACUCUGCAAAUGAUUCAAAGCUGUUCUGGUCAUCCUUUUGGGUGAUAAAGGCUUGAUUUUUGGUAAGGUAGAGCGGAGCGUGAGAAAGAUGAACAGCGUUAGGCCUGGAUUUCUCGUUCAAGCUGCAGUUUUGGUGAUCGUUUGUGGCUCAAUUUAUGUGGGGGUCUCCGGCCUCGGAUCAAUGUCCUCCAUCGCUGUCUCUUACGGUGAGAAUGGACCGGUCUUCUGUGGUCUAAGCUCAGAUGGGUCUCACAUGGUCUCCUGCUUCGGUGCUGAUGCUUCCAUAGUCUAUGGUGCUCCUAUUAGGCUCCCCCUCCUGGGUCUCACGGCCGGUGAUGGAUUCGUCUGUGGGCUCCUUUUGGAUGCCUACCAACCCUACUGCUGGGGGAGCAACAUCUACGUCAAGAUGGGGGUGCCGCAGCCCAUGGUGGAAGGCGCGGCCUACUCGGAGAUCAGCGCCGGUGAUGACCACCUCUGUGCCCUCCGCAGGCCGAGCAAAGGAGAGCAAAGAGGCGUCUCCUUGAUUGACUGCUGGGGCUACAACAUGACCGCCUCCCACGAGUUCAGUGGCCCCAUUGUGUCGAUCACUGCCGGCUCGGUGUUCAACUGUGGGAUGUUUGCCGGCAACCGGACGGCCUUCUGCUGGGGCGACGAGACCGGGAGCAGCGUCAUCAGCCUCACUCCGAGGAACCUGAGGUUCCGAUCCAUUUCGGCUGGUGGAUUCCAUGUCUGCGGGGUUCUGCAGAACUCCCAGGUCUUCUGCUGGGGAAGGAGCUUGGAAAUGCAGCAGUCUUCUUCGGACAUCUUAGGCCAGGGAGAUGUCAACAUGGUUCCCAUGGAUCCCAUGGUGUCGGUCGCCGGCGGCAGGUUCCAUGCUUGCGGCAUCAAGAGCUUAGAUCGCAAGGUGGUGUGCUGGGGCUUCAAGCUUCAGAACAGCGUGCCCCCACCCAAGGAUACGAGGGUGUACGAGCUCGCAGCAGGGGACUACUUCACCUGCGGUGUGAUUGCGGAGGCGUCACUUCGGCCGCAGUGUUGGGGCACAGGCGGCCCCUGGUCGAUACCGAUGGCGGUCUCCCCUGGGAUCUGCGCCUCCAAUCCUUGCGGCCCGGGAUACUACGAGUUCAUCCAUGCAAGCUUGGGGGGCAAAGUCUGCAAGCCAGCGAAUUCCAGAGUUUGCUUGCCGUGCAGCGUCGGCUGUCCCGAAGGGACGUAUCAGUCUACGCCCUGCAACUCGACGUCCGACCGUGGUUGUGAGUUCAACUGUUCCAGCUGUGCCUCAGCGGAUUGCUCCUCCUCCUGCUCGUCAGAGCAGAGGCCCCGGAGCCACGGGCUGCUUUCUCUCCAGAUGCCGAUCUUCGUCGCGGAGCUCGCCUUCGCCAUCGUCUUCGCGAGCUCGGUAUCUUUGGUCGCGUGCCUCUGCGUUCGCCGCCGGCUACGGAGCUGCUCGUGUUCGGAGCCUGACCUGACUGCGUUGAAGACCAGGGCAUACUCGUUCCACAAGGAGCCGGUGAAGGUGCGACCGGACCUGGAGGAGCUAAAGAUUAGGAGAGCACAGAUGUUCACCUACGAAGAGCUGGAGAAGGCGACCGGUGGAUUCGGCGAGGAAUCCCUCGUGGGGAAGGGCAGCUUCUCGUGUGUCUUCAAAGGGGUGUUGAGAGAUGGGACGGUGGUUGCAGUGAAGAGAGCCACCAAAGCGUCGGACGUGAAGAAGAACACCAAGGAAUUCCACACCGAGCUCGACCUGCUCUCCAGGCUGAACCACGCGCACUUGCUCAACCUUCUUGGGUACUGCGAGGAAGGUGGCGAGAGGCUGCUGGUGUACGAGUUCAUGGCCCAUGGAUCCUUGUACCAGCACCUUCAUGGCAAGGAUGCAAGCCUGAAACGGCGGCUGGACUGGGUUCGCAGGGUCACCAUUGCCGUCCAAGCUGCGAGGGGGAUCGAAUACCUGCAUGGGUACGCUUGCCCGCCUGUGAUCCACAGGGACAUCAAGUCGUCCAACAUUCUCAUCGACGAGGAGCACAACGCUCGAGUUGCAGAUUUUGGUCUGUCCUUGUUGGGGCCGGCGGACAGCAGUUCGCCCUUGUCCGAGCCUCCGGCCGGUACUCUUGGCUACCUCGACCCCGAAUACUACAGGCUUCAUUACUUGACCACCAAAUCGGAUGUGUACAGCUUCGGGGUUCUGCUUCUGGAGAUCUUGAGCGGUAGAAAGGCGAUCGACAUGCAGUUCGAAGAAGGAAACAUCGUGGAAUGGGCGGUUCCGCUGAUCAAGGCUGGUGACGUUUCGGCCAUCCUGGAUCCGGCGCUGAAACCUCCUGCCGAACCGGAGGCUCUGAAGAAGAUCGCCGCCACGGCGUGCAAGUGCGUCAGGAUGCGGGGGAAGGACCGGCCGUCGAUGGACAAGGUGACGACGGCCUUGGAGAGAGCUCUGGCGCUGCUGAUGGGCAGCCCAUGCAACGAGCAGCCGAUAUUGCCGACGGAGGUGGUCUUGGGGAGCAGUCGGCUGCACAAGAGGGGAUCACAGAGGUCUUCGAACCAGUCGUGCUCGGAGAACGACACAACCGACGCCGACGACCAGUUGUUGGAGUACAGAGCACCUUCAUGGAUCACGUUCCCCAGCGUGACCUCGUCGCAGAGGAGAUCGGAAGGCGACGCCACGGAAGGGAAGAACUCGGAGGGGAGGAGUCUGGGAAACGGAGGAGCGGGGGAUGGCUUGAGGUGCUUGGAGGAAGAGAUCGGACCAGCAUCACCACAGCAGGAUCUGUUCCUGCAGCACAACUUCUGAUUGCAGUCGAAUGAAUUAUUUUUCGAGUCGACGUUGUUCGUCGUCUUCUUAUCGGAUUGUCUUUCUUCGGAUCGAGAGGUGCACUUGUUCUCGGCUCUCAUGCGUGCAUUCUUGUGUUGUCGUCUCCGAACGCAUUGUGUAGUGCAGCUAUUUAACACCAUGACGAACAAUGACGUUCUCAAUUUGAGAUAUUA